UCUUGCCCAAAACAUAUUUCUGAAAUGAAAUUCAUCACAGCGUUGGCACUUUUUGUGACCGUGGUUGCGGGAAAUGCCCUACCCGGUGUUGAGUUAGGACAUUUUGUGCAACGAAGUGCGUUUCCAAUUCAACCAGCUAGCACACCUGAGGAAAUUUGUGAGGGUUUCAACGGCUUUCGAUGUGGAGAUUGUGAAAAGAUGCUGCUCUGUUUAGGAAGUGCUCCACCUGUAACGACUGCUUGUCCUUCCGAUAAACCAUACUGUGAUGCCAGCAACGAUGUCUGCGUAAGCAGUCCUCCUGCAGAUGGAUCCUGUGGUGAUAGUCUCUCAGAUCCCUCCUUCACAUGUACUCAGGCCAAUUCAUUCUUCCCCCAUCCCACAAACUGCAGCUUAUUCUAUGAAUGCGUCAAUUCAGUUGCCUACCUUCUGGAAUGCAAUCCGAACCAAGUUUGGUCAACAGUUGGAAUGGCCUGCAAGACGAAAAAGGUGAGCGCUGAUUGUGGAACAUUCAACUGCAACCUCAAAGCAAACUAUGAGAAGAUAAUGCCCUACACCGCCAAUAAUGCUUACUUUGCGUACUGCAAAACACCAGUUAAUGGUAAACAAGACAUCGUUGUCAUGAAAUGUGAACGUGUAAAUGAAUACUACAACACUGCAACUAAGCUGUGUGAAUUCCAAUGUAAAGAUACGAAACUCUAUGAGGAUGCAUUGGAUAUACAUUCUUACUACGACUGCAGUAAAGUCGGGACCAAGUUUGUUUCUGAACAUAAGACCUGUACCCUUGGCAGAGUUUUCAACGAAGCCACUCAGUCCUGUGUAUAAUAAAGAUGAUUAUUUGAAAAUAAUCAAAUAACUUUAAAUAUUAUCUAAUAAACUUUUAUUUUGAUUUUUUUUAGUAAAUAGAAAAUUAAUUCAAGAUAUUAAUAUUUAAUAAAAAUAAAGCGAACUAACACCUGAUAAUA